GCGCAGUGCCCCAAUUCUGGUCCUCCAGAGAGUGCCCAUGCGCAGUGCCCCAAUUCUGGUCCUCCGGCGAGUGCACAUGCGCAGUGCCGCGAAUCUGGUCCUCGGGCGAGGAGGCAGCAAUAGUGAAGGAUUUUCAGCAAUGUGGACAGCAGAUGAAAUUGCCAGUAUGUGCUACGCACAUUAUUCUACCAAGCUGCCAAAGAAAGGUCUGCCAAAUCCUGGACAAGAAUGGACUCUGCUUGCAGCUGUCGUAAAAGUUGAGGAGCAACCAAACAGGCAAUCAGUUUUAAACAGUGAGAGCAAUGAUGUAUACCUGGAAGUUGUUGCUAUGGGAACUGGAUCAAAAUGCGUUGGACAGACAAAAAUGAGUAAAAGUGGCAAUAUUGUUAAUGACAGCCAUGCAGAGGUGACUGCACGACGUGGGUUCCUGAGGUAUUUAUAUUGUCAACUUAAAGAAGCAUUCACCAACAAAAAUAGCAUCUUUAUCAAAAGCGGACAAAAAGCAAAAUGGAAACUGAAGCCUGGCAUUACAUUUGUGUUCUUUACAAGCCAUACUCCAUGUGGUGAUGCUUCCAUUAUUCCAAUGAUAGAAAAUCACAACGAACCUUUAGUGAAAAUGAGAGUUGUGGGGAGUGUUGAGCAAAAAGUUAUUGCUGUUCAAGAUAAUAAAAAUAUUGAAGACGCACAAAUAUUAAAUUAUGAAGAGCACUUACUGGACAAAAGACAGAAAUGUGAUUCAAGUUCAGCAGUGAUUCCUGAAAAAAGGAUUAAAAGAGCUAAUGAAACUGGAGACAUAUCUGGAAGCAGCAGCAUUUGUAAAAACAAACCCGAUCAUCAGUCUGCAAAAGGAGGCAUGGACAUCCAGAUCAAUGAUAAUCAACCCUGUGGAGCAGAAACAAUGUCUGAGAGCAAUCACGAUACCUCACUAUUUCAAAGUGCAUUUGCAUUGAACACACAAAAUAACAAACAGAAACAGAUUGAAGUUUCCGAUAUAUACCGAACUGGAGCUAAAUGUGUACCAGGUGGCCUUCAAGAUUCGCUUGGGCCUGGAAUUAAUUAUCACUGCGUUGAAUCCUUGAGAGUGAAACCAGGAAGAGGCAACAGAACAUUAUCAAUGUCAUGCAGUGAUAAACUUGCACGUUGGAAUAUUCUCGGUUGUCAAGGAGCACUUCUCAUGCAUUUCUUUGAAGAGCCAGUGUAUUUCUCUUUCAUUGUAGUAGGGCACUGCCCAUAUAGCGAAGAGGUAAUGAAGAGAGCUAUAAUAGAAAGGUGUCGUCAUGUAGCCUCGCUUCCAAAUGAAUUCAGAGUCCAAGAUGUAAAGAUACAACAGUCUCAGUUGCCGUUUGUACAUAGUCGCCAUUCAGCAUUGAGCAACCAUGAUCCCAGUAAAGGGAGACUUGUACCUUGUGCAGCAGCGUUAAGUUGGAGUGCUGUACCAGACCAACCACUAGACGUCACUGUAAAUGGCUAUAAACAAGGAGCCACAAAAAAGAUACUGGAAACGCCCCAAGCGAGGUGUAGAAUUUGCAAGGCUGAGCUUUUCAUGGUAUUCCGAGAACUUCUCACUUUUCUUUCUGAACAGAACUACCCAGUUUCCCUUCGAAACCUUAAGCUAAAAACCUACUGGGAAUUCAAGGAGGCUGCAACAAAUUAUCAGAAAGCAUGGAGUGAAGUGCAGAAGCAAGCAUUUGGAACCUGGAUUAGAACCUCAAGGGACUUUCUGCAAUUCCAUUAGAUAGGAAACAUCAAAAUAAUGUGACAAAGGUAAUUGAGAUCUGUGUUAUGUGGAUGCUCAUAGCAGAUAUUUUCUUUAAGUUUAACUCUGAAAAUUUGCAAUGAAUACAACAUGGAAAAGCAAUGUUUUCUAACCAUUGGCGUUUAAUUAAACUGAUAAUCGACUGUUUCUAGAUUGAAAUCAAAAGAGGAAUUUGUGGUGUUUAAGAAGGAACUGCAGAUGCUGGAGAAUCGAAGGUUACACAAAAAAGCUGGAGAAAUUCAGCGGGUGCAGCAGCAUCUAUGGAGCGAAGUUGUGGUGUCAAACUCUGAUAGUAAUUUGCCAGAUUUUGUUUUAAAUUGUAUUGUGAAUAUUUAAUCAUAGUAUUCAGUAGUUUAUAAUAUAGCAGUGAUAUGUUAGAUAUCUUUAUAGAUGUAUAUUUGAUUUGUAGCAUUAAAAAAAUAAUUCUUUAGUGUAUAUAAUUUUCAGUUUCUUUUUGUGCUAAUGAUCCGUACUUAUCAGCUACCUCUUUCUUUAACUGCAUCUUUUCAAUAAACAAAGUAUUCCUAAGUAA